AUGGCGUACGCCAAUUCCACUAGCAGCGUCGCAGAGACCACCGCCUGCUUUACGACCACCAUCUUCACCACCACGACGGUGACGGUGACGGGCCAUCCGGGCGCGUCCUCUUCUCCGCCCCCGGCGCCCCCGAUCCUUUCUUCCUCGUCUGUGGUGUCCAAGUCGUCCUCGGUCUCGUUGAUCCCGGAGCCCCUUAGGCCCAGCUCCGCUCCGUCCGUCCCCAACGUGACCGUCACGCACCAGCCAACCCCGCCGCCAGUGACCUUCACCUUGACCUCUGAGUCUGCCCCGUACCCGACCGCCAACGCCACCACGCCCGCCACCGGCUCCGUCACGGCGCCGCACUCGUCUGGCACAGGUGUCACCACGGGUACUUCGACGGCUCCUAUCCCGCCACAAUUCACCAGCGGUCAAGGCAAGAUCGCCAUCAACGGUCUCGCUCUGGCCAUGGUGGCUGUCGGCGGCGCCUUCCUCUCCUUGUAG